AUGAAUUGGCUGGAACAGGAAGACACCUACUUUCCAGAACAGUAUCUACAUUCUGGGUCGUGCCUUUCUUUCGUCGGGAUGAACCGAGACAAACAGUCCAAGUCAUCGCCUGAUCGACUCCCCAAGAGCGUCAAAGUGCGUUCGACCUGCAACGCAUGUCAACAGGCCAAGAUACGCUGUAGUCAUGAGAAGCCGUCUUGCCGACGGUGUCUGAAGCAUAACAUCGAGUGCAUCUACAGCAUGUCUCGACGACUGGGAAGACCUGCGAAGAGGAGGGAGUCUCAAUACGCCGGCCUUCCACCGGAAACGCAAUGCGUCGACCCUCGGCGUCACCAACGAGACAAGAAGGCGCCAGUUUCCAAGAGAAAAACAAAGGAAGGCCAGGCGCACAACAAGAAGGACGAUGAAGACGACUUUUCACCAAGUCUUGGAGAAACAGUAGCCUAUGAUACCAUUGCCGUCGACCAGACUAUGCUAGACGAUAUCUCCCUCGAUGACACUAAUCUGAUCAACGAUGCCAUCGAUUUCUCCUCCGACAGCUGGCUGCAAGAAUUUCUCUCUCAGCAAGGUCCCGAACUUGCACAGGAGAGUGAUCUCUUUGAUUCGCUAGCCCUCGAAAACCCCAAAAACGAUAAGCCAUUGGCUGUCUUGAAACAGGGGUACAAUCAUUCGGAGUCCUCACCGAAGAGCUUUCCCACGUCGUCGCCGGUAGGAGAGGAUCAUCCGCCGACGGCGAGCCUUUAUCUCGCAGAUGACCCCGCGCCCAACGAGACAGUUGCCAGCAGUACCCAGUUCCCUGCGACGAUUCAAGCCUCCUAUCCUGAAUUCCUCAAGAAAGGCGCUUCCGUCAAGCCUCAGCAGUUCUCAAUGGCAGAGGCGCUCUCUGCAAAAUCGUGGACUGCAACAGAACAAGCCAAUCUGCUUGCCCAUUCACGAGCUUGGAAGCAUCCAAAUGACGUUGGUUCUCCAACUAAUAAUAUUUCUCCGAGCCUCACGCCCGUGGGUACUGUGACUGGUCGCCAGUGUCGGUGUCAGUGCCCUGAUCAAGUCAUCAGAGAGCUCAUCCGUAUAAACAUUUGUACCUCUCGAACAGGACCAUCACCUACGAUUGAUUCCAUCUUGGGCUCUCAGCGAGUUGUGCAACAUUUGGCAGAAACUAUCCUGCAAUGUGCUCUCUGUUCCAAGACACGAGUUAAUCUCCUCAUGGUGGUGGUUGUCAGCAUUGAUAGUUUAAUCACCACACUUGAAGACCUCAUAUCCGGGGACGGUCGUUUGAUAGAGGGUGUUUUGCCUGAGUUACAUGAUCAUAUGCUUCUUCAGCCAGAUUUUGGGCAGCAAAUUGCGACGGAUGGGAGCAACCGAAGGCCCGCAAGCGAGAUGUCUCUUCAUACAUCAAGUGCUGUACGCAAGGCUGACUGGACUAUUGGCCAUCAUCCGCCGUAUAAGGUAUUGUACGCAGCAGAUGCUGGCGAUAUCUGCUUCGCGUGGAAGGUUGAGCAUGAUGAUGGAAACGGAUCGGAGAUUACAGCUGUUUAUGAUGAGGAUGAGGACGUUCGCCAGAUGACGACGAUAGUGGGUGCUGUAGCGAUAUACUUGUCUAUUGAGCAAGCAUAG